AAGUUGCAGUAAAUUAGAAAAUCCCAGUCCCCUCGGACAUUCAAUUAGACAUGGGUUUAGAUUUAAACAAGAAAACCCACUUCCUGAUCACAGGUGCUUCCCGAGGCAUAGGAAAAUGCAUGGCCAUUGAGGUCUCUUUGAAGUUAAAGGCCGGUUCUGUUAUUGUUUUGUUGGCUCGCAAUUUGGAGGCCUUGCAAAAAACCCAAUCCGAAAUUCUCUCUAAACGCUCCGACGUCACAGUGCAAGUUUUCUCUGUGGAUUUGUCAACAGCAAAGGCUGAAGACAUCAACAAGUUGUUAAACGACUCGCUAGAACAAAGUCAAACCAAGGCAAGUGACUUUGAAAGGGCCUUCAUUAUACACAAUGCCGGCACAGUGGGUGAUGUAUCCAAACGAGCAAAGGAUAUAUCGGAUACUGAUAUGUGGACUCAAUACUAUCACACAAAUGUCUUCUCCACCAUAUCCUUGAAUGUGGAGUACUUCAAAAUGUUCUCUCAAGUGCCCAAAUUGGUGGUAAAUGUAAGUUCCAAAUGUGGCAUUGAACCAUUUGCCUCUAUGAGUUUCUAUUGUUCUGGCAAGGCGGCGCGAGAAAUGUAUUUCAAUGUUUUGGCCGUGGAAGAGAAGGGUAAUGAAACGUUGGUACUCAAUUAUGCUCCUGGUGCUAUUGACACAGACAUGACAGUCUAUGUGCAAAAGGAUACAGUGAAUAGUGAAUUGCAUGAGGCUUUUAGAAAGCAGCGUGAAACCAAAACAAUGCUUACCACAGAUCAGACAACUGCCAAGUUUUUGUCUGUGUUGGAGGAAGGCACAUUCCAAUCAGGUGCUCAUAUUGAUUAUUGGGAUUAGGUGGCUGGUAAAUUGGUGCUGCUGCUAUAUGGUGCUUUCAUUGAUUUUUAAGUUUAUUUUUUAAAGACAAGCAGCUGCAAACUUUGCAUAUUAAAUGGCUACAUUCCAGUACAUCAAAUUAUAUACCCAGUAUUUUAUAAUUCGUUUUUUUCUUUUGUACUUAAAUAUUUAUUUCAUAUUCAAUAUAUAAAUAAAACAUUUCAUAGAUGCGGUA